CAUUGUCAUGCUGACCGCUGUCAGUGUCGGGUUGAUUCGAAUCGAAAUCUCGUUAUUCCACGCAGGCAAAGAUUUUUCUUACAGGAAAUACAAAAUACCUGUAGUAUUAAUUUUAGGUCAUACUGAUUGUUUUUAUAAAGAAUGCAAGUAGAUUUAUUUUUUAACCUGUAACAGAUAACCUUUUCUUUGUACUUACUAGUAAUUUUUAAAAGUAACAGACGGUAAAUAAAAAUAAUUAAGGAGUAAAUAUCAAGACAUAAUGGACUUCACCCUAAAUAUUUUCACCUUGAAUUGCUGGGGAAUACCAGGUGUAUCGAAAAAUCGCAAAGAAAGAAUAGAAGCGAUUGCAAAGUAUCUUAUGCAAAGUUCACAUAACAUUGUAUGUCUUCAAGAGAUAUGGAGUGAAAAAGACUAUUUGUUUUUAAAAGACAGUCUUAAGAAAGUUCUUCCUUACUCUCAUUAUUUUUAUAGUGGAGUUCUGGGAUCGGGCUUAUGUGUAUUUUCUAAAUGGCUGAUUCAGGAUGUGUUUUUCCAUCAAUGGCCUCUAAAUGGCUAUAUUCACAAGAUACAUCAUGGUGAUUGGUUUGGAGGGAAGGGAGUGGGCUUAUGUAGAAUUAGAUAUGAAGACAAACUCAUAAAUGUAUAUUGCACACAUCUGCAUGCAGAAUACCAUGAAGAUGACAUGUACUUAGCACACAGGGUGCUGCAAGCAUACUCCACUGCGGAGUUUGUUAAUCUUACCACAUCUCCUGCUGAUGUGUCCAUACUCGCUGGAGAUUUGAACACCGCUCCCGGUGAUUUGUCUUUCAGAUUGAUCACUCAGCUACCAGUAUUAUUAGAUCCUUACGUAAUGAAAUGUGAAGGCAAUAACUCAGCCAUUGCUAAAGCAUCCGGCACAUGUGAUAAUGUUAACAAUAGUUAUUCAGAUGCUAAGAUGACUAAAACUGCGCCAGAAGGAAAAAGAAUUGACCAUAUACUGUUCAAACUGAGUAAUUCUUGGGAGGCUGAUGUUGUAAAUUUCGGGAACCCACUUGAAGACAGAGUGCCGGGUGAAGACUUCUCUUAUUCCGAUCACAAUGCUGUUUCAUUAGAAUUAAGAAUCAGAGAGAUAAAUGCCAAAAAGACCAGUCAAAGACAACAAAGCGCUGAUGAUCGGUUUGAUAACACAAUUAAUCAAGCUAUAAAAGUAUGUCAAGAUGCUAAAAUAACUAUAACAAAAUCAAAACGUCUAUUUCUAACUUGCGGAGGACUUCUAUUCAUGUUCCUAUUAGGUACGGUAGGUUAUUGGCCUAAUAAUAUACUAGCUGAUUUCGUAAAAAUAGUGAUAACAGGUUUUUGUUUCUAUUACAUAAUUAUGGGGACAAUAUGGAACAAAAUUGAAAUGAACAGUCUUAAAGCUGGUUUGAGUGCUUUAGAAAAUUUUUAUAGAACCAGAAAUGAAUUGAAAUGUGAGGACUAGUUUAAAAAGCACAAUUUAAAGUGAUCAUAAUUAUUUAGCUUUUCAUUACCAUUAAUAUAAAAAUUACGUAUUUUGUACAAACCU